AUGACCCAAGCUCGAACUGAUGCUAUUGUCGACAGCUGGAAAGUCAAAGCUAAUUUAAAUUUAUCAGCCGACGAAGAACAAAAAUUCAAAGAAUGGUUUCAUGGUGCUGCUGAACGACUUAGUGCUCGUCGUCAAGCUGGUAGAGAAGUUGUUACACAAUUGCAAGCAGCUGUCGAGAGUAACGAUACUGCAAAACAAGCAGAAUUAUUACAAAAAAUACGUGAAGGUUUUCGACAACUUUCCGAAGGUCGUGAAAAAGCUCUUGAUGAAUUUGAUAAAAUUCUCAAACCUGAACAACGUGCACGUAUUGUUGUUCAUGCUGUUCAACAAGCUAAAGAAUCAGGCCGACCAGUAGAACAUUUACUUGAUAGUCUUUUACACGCCACUGAAAAUUAA